ACACUACUUAUGUGUAGACAACUGGAACUUUUGCAUACUCUUAAUGAAAUUAAUCAAUAAGCCUUUGAUCGUUAAUUAUUCAGCUUUUUUAGAAGGAGAUACAUGCAAAUUUGGAAAGAGCAGCGGGAAAUCUCAUAUAUCCUGCGACUUUUGUAAAUGUUUAGAUGACAAAUUGAAAAUAACAGGUGAAAACCCUUUGAAUCAGAACUCUUCCGGUUUGUGUAAGCAUUUGGCUGAAAUAUACAAUGAAACAACUGAUGAAAACAUUUCGAAUCAAAAAUCUGGCGAUUGGAAUCGCGAAGAGGAGAUAAUCGUACACCAUUCAGAACCUGUAAUUGAGAAACCAUCGAUUCAUAAUUGGAAAUGGAAAAAUCCGUACAGUUUUUCAAAUUUCAAUCGACGAAGUCGAAACAGAUUUAUCCAAGAGAAAAAGUUCUCCACGACUUCGACACGCGAUGGCUGUAACAAGGUGGACAGAAAAGGAACAAAUUUCUUACACAACUUCCGGGAGUAUUUAGUCAAUUAUCAAGAAUCUUGCGGUGUACCACGAACAGAAUAUUCUUUUUCUGCUUUAAUUCAAAUAAUGGGUCAAGCAACUGGCCGAUCUCUUCUGGCUCUGUUGUAUGUUAUGCUGAACAUACUGCCUCUUGCCGAGGUAUUGUUGUACGUGCUACGAUUCGUAUUGGACAAAGUCAUCAACAUAGGUAGCAGCAGGGACUUCCGGCAGACGAUACUUCGAUGUUUCGUAUUCACAACAGAGCUGCUAAGUAUUUAUAUUUGUCUAAUAUUCAUAUUCGGUUUCAUUGUAUUACCGAUUCUCCAAACGGUAAUUGGCAUAGUUGCAAAAAUUAUGCUUUAUAAUUAAU